CUUACCCUUAAACCCUUGAAGGUUGAAACGAGCGUAAUAGGGUUUCUUGAGAAAGUCUUCGUUCGUUAUUAAAUAACAUUCCCCAAAAUCCCAAUCCAAUCCUCGUGCGAGUGCCGGCUAAUACUCUCAUCUGUCAUCUCCCAUUUCACUCUCCUCACCAGCUCGCUUCCAUCUCUUCAGUCCUCCGAUGGCGCCGGUUCUGAAUAGAACCCUAUCCCCUGCUCCUCUGCUCUCGAUUCCUUCUUCGACAUCCAUUUCGUUGAACAACCCCUUCAAUUUGAGAAGCUCGUUCCUGCCUCGAGCCAACGGUCUCAGGAAGGGGGUGUCUUGUUCCGGCUUGAAAUGGAAGCUUGGUAAUAGGAGCAAUCGGAUUUCCGUUAGGUGCGACGCGGCGGUGGCCGAGAAAGAUGCUUCCGAGGCUUCCGGGGAGAAAUUUGAGUACCAAGCCGAGGUGAGUCGACUGUUAGAUUUGAUUGUUCAUAGUCUCUACAGCCACAAGGAAGUGUUCCUCAGGGAGCUUGUCAGCAAUGCUAGUGAUGCUUUGGAUAAGUUGAGAUUCCUCAGUGUUACAGAUCCCUCGUUGCUUGGAGAUGCUGGUGAUUUGGAGAUUCGGAUCAAAUCUGAUGCAGAUAAUGGGACCAUCACAAUAACAGAUACUGGCAUUGGUAUGACAAGAGAAGAACUCAUUGACUGUCUUGGGACCAUUGCUCAGAGUGGGACUUCAAAAUUUUUGAAGGCUCUCAAGGAAAACCAAGAUCUUGGAGCUGACAAUGCACUGAUUGGUCAAUUUGGUGUUGGGUUCUACUCUGCGUUUCUUGUUGCUCAGAAGGUAGUGGUGACGACUAAGAGCCCGAAAUCUGACAAGCAAUAUGUUUGGGAAGCAGAAGCAGACACCAGUUCAUAUAUGAUCAAAGAAGAAACGGAUCCUGAAAAGUUUCUUGGUCGCGGGACACAAAUUACACUGUAUCUGAAGGAAGAUGACAAAUAUGAAUUCUCGGAUCCAUCCAGAAUUCAGGGAUUGGUAAAGAACUACUCUCAGUUUGUUUCCUUCCCUAUUUACACCUGGCAAGAAAAGUCAAGGACAAUUGAGGUAGAAGAAGAGGAAGAACCAAAAGAGGGAGAGCCCGAGGGUGAGAAGAAAAUGAAGAAGACUACUAAAACUGAAAAGUACUGGGACUGGGAAUUAGCGAACGAAACAAAACCAAUAUGGAUGCGAAAUGCUAAGGAAGUUGAGAAGGAAGAGUACCAGGAAUUCUACAAAAAGACAUUUAAUGAAUUUUUGGAUCCACUUGCCCACACUCACUUCAAUACAGAGGGAGAGGUAGAAUUUAGGAGCAUUCUUUAUAUUCCUGGUAUGGGACCUAUGAACAAUGAGGAUGUAAUUAAUCCAAAAACUAAGAACAUACGACUUUUCGUGAAGAGGGUGUUCAUUUCAGAUGAUUUUGAUGGAGAGCUGUUUCCCCGAUAUUUGAGUUUUGUAAAAGGUGUGGUGGACUCGGAUGAUCUUCCUCUUAACGUAUCCCGAGAGAUACUUCAAGAGAGCCGGAUAGUAAGGAUCAUGAGAAAGAGACUUGUUAGGAAGACUUUUGACAUGAUUCAGGAGCUGUCAGAAAGUGAGAACAAAGAGGAUUACAAGAAGUUCUGGGAGAACUUCGGAAGGUUUAUAAAACUCGGGUGCAUUGAAGACUCUGGAAAUCACAAGCGUAUAACUCCUCUACUGAGAUUCCACACAUCCAAAAAUGAGGAAGAGCUCACAAGUUUGGAUGAUUAUGUAGAAAAUAUGGGAGAAAACCAGAAAGCAAUCUAUUACUUGGCAACUGACAGUUUGAAGAGUGCCAAGUCUGCUCCAUUCUUGGAGAAGUUGGUCCAGAAGGACAUUGAGGUACUAUAUUUGAUUGAGCCCAUUGAUGAAGUUGCGAUCCAGAACUUACAGACCUACAAGGAAAAGAAAUUUGUUGACAUCAGCAAGGAAGAUCUAGAACUUGGUGAUGAGGAUGAGGUCAAGGAGAGGGAAGCUAAACAAGAAUAUAAUGCCCUUUGUGACUGGAUAAAGCAACAGCUUGGUGACAAAGUUGCCAAAGUCCAAGUCUCCAACCGACUAAGCUCAUCCCCUUGUGUGCUUGUCUCUGGGAAAUUCGGAUGGUCUGCCAACAUGGAAAGGUUGAUGAAAGCACAAGCACUUGGAGAUACUUCAAGUCUGGAGUUUAUGAGGGGAAGGAGAAUACUGGAAAUCAAUCCAGACCACCCGAUUGUCAAGGACUUGAAUGCUGCUUGCAGGAAAGCACCAGAUAACAACGAUGCGAAGAGAGCAGUUGAUCUGCUCUAUGAGACUGCAUUGAUCUCCAGUGGUUUCACUCCUGACAGCCCAGCAGACUUGGGAAACAAGAUAUACGAGAUGAUGGCGGUGGCACUGGGAGGGAGAUGGGGCAGAGUAGAAUUCGAAGCUGAAACUACUGGGGAUGGAACCGAGGCAAGCACCAGUGAAGGCUCUUCAGAAGUAGUUGAACCUUCAGAAGUGAGGGCAGAAACUGACCCAUGGCAGGAGUAACUGAUAGUCAUAUAGAUUUUAGUGAACUUUUAGCCACAAUUUUGAUGACCUCUAUGGAAGCAAAAUUCUGAAUUUAGGCAAGGGCAGAGUAGGUACAAGAAUUAAUAAGUCAGCUGUUGUGCCAAGGGACUAAGGGUACCAUAGUUUUGGUGCAGUAAGGAAGGGCUUUUGGACUUGUUAGAAGGAGCGAAAACCUGAUGAUUCCUGGACAAGCUUUGCCCCUAGGUUUCUAUCUUUUAUAGCUUGGUGGUAUUUUAUAUGAAACAGCACAUUGUGAGUUUUAUCAAUCUCUUAUCUCUUUGGACUUGUUCGGUAUGUUUUUAGAAU